UAGGGAUACAGACAAAUGAGAUUUGUCACCUGAGCCUCAAGCAUUUUAAAGCCAAACAGAGGGGACAGGUAAGUAACCAGAUACUAUAGCUACAGGUGACAGAUGCAGGAAUGGAGGGUGUUUGACCUGAAGCAGAACACAAUGGAGGAAGUAAUUACAAGUAAGAGUCAGACAGGCAAGGCUUUGGUCUGCAGCAGUGGAAUAUACAACAGAGUGGGCUGUGGGAGCGAAUUGGAGGUCAUUUCAAUAAUCCAGGGACAGUAAGGAUGUGGGUACGUAUCUAAGAAGUGUUAAAUAGAUACACUUGGCAUAACCCUGAGACAGGUUGAAUGUGGUAGGUGAGAUACUAACCUAUAACACCUAAACUGUAUGCCAGUGUUUUUCCCCUCUAGAAUUGUUUGGUGUGUACUAUUAAAUUUGAAUCUUAGCUUAUAAUUGAAGUGUUAGAUUUCCAAGAUGAGAUUUUAUACAGAUGACUAUAUCUCUGAUUUUCUGUUCUGUAUUCCUCUGCAGCAUUUCUUUAUUACAUAUAUUGUGAUGAUUUUUUGACCCAUCAGCCUUCCUCCGGGUGGGCAGACUUUGAGUUUCUUGAGGGCAGGGGCCUUGUCUUAGUCCAAUGUUUAUCCCUCUUGCCUGGAAAUGUACCUGGCAUGUGGAAAGCUCGCAUGAAAAUUUAAAGCUGAAGUCUUUUUUUAUGUUUCAAAAGUACAACAUUAAAAGAGCAAAUUGCAUAUCUUGGGAGGAAUAGAGAACUAGGGUAUUUUGGAACGUCUGAAGAAUGGGGAGGUUGUGGUUGGAGACGGCAGCUUUCUCCUAACUCUGGAGAAGAGGGGCUACGUGAAGGCGGGGCUCUGGACUCCAGAAGCGGUGGUGGAAUAUCCCAAUGCAGUUCGUCAACUUCACAUGGAAUUCUUGAGAGCAGGAUCAAAUGUCAUGCAGACUUUCACCUUUUCUGCCAGUGAGGACAAUAUGGAGAGCAAGUGGGAAGAUGUGAACGCCGCUGCCUGUGACCUUGCCAGGGAAGUGGCUGGAAAAGGUGACGCUUUGGUGGCAGGGGGGAUCUGCCAGACAUCGGCGUACACACACCACAAGGAUGAAGCUAGAGUUAAACAACUUUUUCAACGCCAGCUAGAUGUUUUUGCCAGGAAAAAUGUGGACUUCUUGAUUGCCGAGUAUUUUGAGCAUGCUGAAGAAGCCAUGUGGGCUGUGGAAGUCUUAAAAGCAUUGGGGGGUAAACCUGUGGCAGCUACCAUGUGCAUAGGCCCAGACGGAGACAUGCAUGGCGUAUCACCUGGAGAAUGUGCCGUUAAGCUGGUGAAGGCAGGGGCUGCGAUUGUGGGCGUGAACUGCCGAUUUGGACCCAGCACCAGCUUGAAGACGAUGAAACUCAUGAAGGCGGGCCUACAGGCUGCAGGGUCGAAGGCGCAUCUGAUGGUGCAGUCCCUAGGCUUCCAUACACCGGACUGUGGCAAAGGAGGGUUUGUGGAUCUCCCAGAAUAUCCCUUUGGACUGGAGCCCAGAGCUGCAACCAGAUGGGAUAUUCAGAAAUAUGCCAGAGAGGCCUACAAACUCGGGGUCAGGUACAUUGGCGGGUGCUGUGGAUUUGAACCCUACCACAUCAGGGCGAUUGCAGAGGAGCUGGCCCCAGAAAGGGGCUUUUGGCCUCCUGCUUCUGACAAACAUGGGAGUUGGGGAAGCAGUCUCAAUAUGCACACCAAGCCCUGGAUUAGAGCCAGCGCCAGAAGGGAGUAUUGGGAAAAUCUGCUGCCAGCUUCGGGCAGACCUUUCUGUCCUUCACUGUCACAGCCGGACGUCUAAAGAGUAGUGCUGUUUCAGAAUAACAGAACGGAAGGAAGUCCCCCUCCGCCCCGUCUGGAACUCUUCCCUGCCUUUACCCCCAGCCCACCUUGCUGCCUCCAGUUGCUGAACAGCUAAUGUGCUGCUGGCCCUUCGGUUCCGUCCAACAUACACACCCUAUGCUCCCACUGUGGACAAACACCCAGCUGGAUGCUGCAGCAGAUGCAGAGGUGAUGGGAAAGGGCCUCUGCAUAGAGGUCCUCCAGCUCCUUACUGUUCAGUAAUGCUGUGCUACAUUCUUUGGAAGGUCAUCAAGAAUAGCAACACGUGGUGCACCUGAGUCGUUCAGUCAGUUAAGCAUCUGGUUUUGGCUCUCAUGGUUCUUGAGUUCAAGCCCCACAUCGGGCUCUCUGCUGUCAGUGCAGAGCCCGCUUCAGAUCUUCUGCCCCUCUCAAGUGUCUGUCCCUACUCCACUUGGGUUCUUUCUAUUUCAAAAAUAAACGUUAAAAAAAGAAUAAUAGCGAAACUUGUUUUUAGGGUGAAUUUGAGAUUUUAAAAUAACCAGAAGUCACUGAACACCAAACCUAGUGAUUCAUUCAGGCAACCAAGCUAGGUGCUUGAGGAAGAUGGAACAAUGAGUCUGCUUCUCUUACUUGAUUUGUAUGAUGACUCCAAGGGCAAUCCCAAGGAAGAGAAGCAAAAAAUGUUUUGAGCAAUGGCAGGGUUAUUGAAGUAAGUGAUUACUUUCAAAAAUGAUUUUACUUAAAGGUGUUAGGUCCUUAAAAACAAAAAAAGGUGUUAGGAUCUAGAAUGUUCUUAAAUGUGUCUUUAUGAUCACAAACAGCUAAAUUAUAAAUUACUUAAAGACAAGGACAAUUUGCUGUGCUUCAUAUAUUUUUCCUUAAAGUAUUUAGCACUGUGCUAGGCAUAAUAAUAGAUGCUCAUUGAAAUUCUUAUUUUUGAUUGUUAAAAUGAGUAAAAAUAAAUCAAUGGUUUUAGAAGACUUUUGAGAAAGUCUGUUCUAGUCUAUCUUGGUCUAAUAUUUUCUUGACUUAUGUUUGUGUUAGUUGCCAUGUGCCAAUAUCUCUCUGCUUUUUCCAAGACAAUGUAUCAAUUUGUGACAACUAGUAAAAUUAAAAAUAAUGUACCUGUGA